GUUAACUGUGUGUGUUGUAACUAACGCAUUAAAAGCAAAUGUUUCCCAGCCUCGGUGGUUGGACUGCUCGAUCUUUCGCUCACUCCGUGCUGUUGCCUUCCCUAGCUUCCUCCAGGACAAGGUUUAGAGCCAACUGUUUGGUUAAUUACAGCAUGACUGUGAACGAUAACUUGCUUACCAAACCUAUAAGGCGUGCUAAUUUUCGAUUAUGCAAUGUUUCAGGUUACGUUUCUGAAGUAUUGGAGAUUCGGGCUGAGGCUCCUAAACUGCAUGUUCUGCUUGUUCCUGGAAACCCAGGUGUUGUUUUAUUCUACAAGGACUUUGUGGAAUUUCUAUAUGAGCUGCUGGAGGGAACUGCGUCUGUAACUGCUAUCGGCCAUGUUUCUCACUCAAGAAAGGACUUGGAACAUGGACGCAUGUUUUCUUUACAGGAACAAAUUGAUCACAAGAUUGACUUCAUCAGACAGGAGUUGCAAAAUAUUGAGAUUCCUAUAUUACUGGUUGGGCACUCUAUUGGUUCAUACAUAUCUAUUGAAAUGUUCAAGAAGUCUCCAGAGAAGGUGAAAUAUUGUAUUGGACUUUAUCCAUUUUUGACGUUAAACCAGCAAUCAACAAAACAGUUGUUUAUUGGAAAAAUUGCAAAAUCCCAAGUUCUAGCUGCUGCUCUUAGUUAUCUGAUAGCAUCAUUAGGAUUGCUACCUGUCCAAGCUUUAAGUUUCGUGGUCAGAAAAUCCCUUGGGAAGUCAUGGUCGGUCAAUGCAGUUGAGGCUGCUUGCUCCCACUUGUCACAGUACCAUACCAUGCGGAAUGUUCUGUAUAUGGCCAUGACAGAAUUCAGAAAGCUUUCAGAGGCACCAGAUUGGACAUUUAUGAGAGAAAGGAAGGCUCAAUUGACGUUUUUAUUUGGUGUCGACGAUCACUGGGGUCCACUUGAUUUGCUUGAAGAGAUUUCAAAGCAGGUUCCCGAUGUUGCCGUAUCUAUUGAACGAGAAAACCACACCCAUGGUUUCUGUUGCACAGAGGCCGGCUCAUUAUGGGUUGCUCAGCAUGUGGCAAACUGCAUCAAGAAGCAGACAGCUUGUACCAACCAAUGAGCUACUGCGCUUUGAAUCAUUCAUCCAAUUGCAGCAAGUUGGGUUGGGUUGGUUACAUACACCAUUGGCUUUUGUUUCUACUUUUUCUACAAUAAUAAGAAAGAUUACCUUCGGUGAUGAAUUUGAAUCUUUAUAUAUAUAUUUUUCUACAUUAUGCGUUUACAGUAAUACUUUUA